AUGAAUCUAAUUCUUAUUUUGGGCUGUUUAGUUUAAGCCUUUUUAAAUUUUCAGAAUCUUAUUUUAUAUUUCAAAUAUCUCAAAGUUAAUUAAUUAUACAGAAGCACAAUCAAUAUUGCUAAAGAAGCAAUUAUUAAUAGUUUUGAUUUAUUUAAUCAAUUUAAGCCCUUAAAAUCUGUAUGUAAAGUUUCAAGACUAAUAUGCAAAUAAUUUUUACUUAUGAUUACAAUAAUUACAUUCUUAUUUUAUAGUUUUUAAUUUAGUUAAGAAAAUAACAUUAUGAUUGGCUGGAUUCAUAUUGGGAUGUUUUGUACAAUUUUGGCAUCCAAUUUAUUGAUAGACUUGCUAGGAUAAAAAAGCAAAAAAAAGAAGAUUGAAGAAGAAAAAAAAGCAUCAAUUUAACCAUUUUUGAGGAUUUUAAGUAAAUUGAAAGGAUAAUUAUCAAUAUUAUAAAUGAGAAUUCCUUUCUUCCAAUCUUAUUAUAUUCAUAACACCUAAUAGGACUCAUCAUUAAAUGGUCCAUCAGCUUCACUUCGUACAUUAUAUUCUAAUUUAUUUAUGUUUUCACAAUAUUGA